UUUGUUCACUGAAGAGAGAAAGGCUCAACUGUGCUCCAUAAGCUUUCCAAUUCAGCAGCAUGAAAAUCAAGACACUGAUUCUCUUCAUGUCUGCAAUGAUCUGUCAGUCCACAGCUUUGAGAGCCUCAUUCACUGACAUGGAUAUAUCUGAUUCUGAGCCCGUUCCAGACUCCAAGCAGCACUAUCUCUCAGUGGAGCGGAGGCAGUUUGACGAGCCCAGUUCUUCAGACGACGCAAGCCUUUGUUUUUUCUUCCAAGAAAAAGACGAAUCGACACAUAUUUCCUGCCAACAUCGAUUACCACGCAGUAAAUUCAACUACAACCCGUUUGGGCUGCGCUUUGGGAAGCGAAAUGAAGCGCCAACUGACAGACCCAAACACAAGCACCUGCUGCCAAUGAUGAUUUACCGGAGAAAACAGUCAGAAACUUCUUGAAAAUCACAUUUCUGUCAGUCUUCAUCAGAAUGGAAAACUGUGGGUAAUUAUUUCAGGCACGCCUUGCCUGUUAUUAUGCUUUUUUUUAUUUCCCAGUCAUGGAAUUUUAUGGCGCGCUUGUUUCAGUCCGUAAUUGUAUUUGUGCAAUAAACGUUUUAUUUUGUUUGA